AUGUCCUUUUCGGAAAAAGUUAUUUCCGUGAGCGAGGAAGACGUGGAAAACGCCGAAUCGCUGAAUAUAGAAAAUGCCCAUCUCGAUUCCAGUAUAUCGAGUUUUAGCGGAAGUGAAAUUCAAAAUUUAAGCGAUAUAUCGCAAGAAUUAACCCUCAAUGCUACGGACAUGGAAACCGAGGAUCACGAGAUAAUCGUGGAAAAUCAAGAAAUCAUCGGUCACGAAGAGGAAGUCGAAAUGGAGGAAAUCGUGAACGAUUAUCUAGAAGUAGCUUUAGAUUCGCCUGGUAAACCCGACGAGCAGCUGUUAGAAACUAAGCCUAUUAAAACAGUAUCGGUGCCUCCCUUAAGACCUUUAACAAUUGCACCGAAACCCGCGAAAGUUCCUUUAGCCGUUAAAUCCAUCGGUGGGCAACCGGUCUUGCUUCUCCAAGGAGCAGGUACGGGUCAAACGAUUAAAUUAGUAUCCCCCCAGGGACAGGAGUUGAAUCUAACGAACUUAGUAACCAGACCUAUAACAGUGAAACCGACGCUCAAAACCCUCUCGACCGGAGGGAAUAUAUCGUUGGUCCAACAGAAACCUCUGUUCAUGAAGAAAGUCAUGGCCACCAGUCCGAAACAAAUCAUCAAACCCGCAACGAACCUACCCAAACAAUCCCAACACUUCAUGGUGGUGCAAAAGAACCCGCAGCAACAGCUCAAGCUCCUCCAAACGCAGGGCAUCGUCCAGCAGACGCCCGCCAAGACGCUCACGCUCCAGCAGGCCCAAGAGAUGGGCCUCCUGACCAACGCCAAAAUCGCCCAAGCCGGCCAAUCCUCGGGCAAACAAACCAUUCUACUAAACAAAACCGCCCAGAAAUCCAUCAAGUUCGUGCCGCAAAUCGGCCAGUCGCAGAUGCUCGUGCCCGGCUCCAAAACCAUCACCCUCAACCAAGUCAAAUCGCCCGCCAAAAUCCUGCCCGCCAGUUCGCUCGCCGCCGCCAAACCCGCCCAAAGGAUUAUAUUCAAAACGGCCGGCGGCAACCAGACCAUCAUACCGCAGGGCCAGAUCCUCCAGUUGUCCGGCACCCAGAACUUGAACACCGGCCAAUUGCACCAAAUCAAUAUACCCGGCAAAGGCAUGCAAUACAUCAAAUUCGUUACCGCCAGUGCGUCCGAUGUGAAUGCUGCUACGGGGAAUGUCACGAAAACUUCCACGGGAACUCCUACGAGCAUCGUAUUGUCAGAAGUAAAGCCGAACAGCCCGUUAAACAGGAUCGUUCCGAAGAUGCCCAAAGACAAGAUCCCGAUAGCCUCGAACAAGUCGGGCGCCAGCCCGCCGUUGUUGAUGAUACCGGCCAACGCGCAACUGACGCCGGUCGUAUCGAAGGUGGCGAUCGCGCCGCCGCCGCCCAAGCACGUGCCCGCCGUCAAGACGGCGGCGCCUUCGUUGGCGCCGCCGGGCGUCGCCGUCGGCGUCGUCAAGCAGGAGGAGGUCGACGCGAACGGCAUGAGGCCGAGGAAGCCGUGCAAUUGCAACAAGUCGCAGUGCCUGAAAUUGUACUGCGAUUGCUUCGCCAACGGGGAGUUUUGCUACAUGUGCAAUUGCGUCAAUUGCAACAAUAACAUUGAGAACGAGGACCACAGGAAUAGGGCUAUAAAGGCUUGCUUGGAGAGGAAUCCUCACGCUUUCAGGCCGAAAAUCGGCAAGGCGAAGGACACCAGCGGCGAUACAGCGAUAAGGAAACACACGAAAGGAUGCAAUUGCAAAAGAUCCGGAUGUUUGAAGAACUAUUGCGAAUGCUACGAGGCUAAAAUCGCCUGUUCGAGCAACUGCAAGUGCGUGGGCUGUCGAAACAUCGAGGACUCGUUCGAAAAGAAGAACUUUAGGCACGUUAUAGAAAAGGCCACCAACACGCCGGUGUACGAUAGCGUGAUCAGGAGCAAGAGUAGUACGCAGGCGCGGCCGAGGCGGAGUUCUAGCUCGAGGAAACAGACGAUUAAUUUCAUAACUGACGAUGUGAUAGAGGCGACAUGCCAGUGUUUGCUGACGAUAUCCGAUAAUGCCGAAGAGAGUAUGCAAGGCGAAGAGGUGACAAAGCGAUUGAUAAUUGAAGAAUUCGGGCGGUGUCUGACGGAAAUCAUCGAUUGCUCUUCAAGCAGGAAUUUUAUUUAA